AUGUUUCGGUCACCACUCUUCGCUUGGUCACCACGGCCAGAUCAGGACCAGGACCUCGAGGCCUCACCUGCUACACAUUCGCCAUCUCGGUUCAGCGCAUUCCGAAGUAAUGUGCGGACAAUGGUCAAUGGAUCGUCGAUAUACUCGCAGUCGCCAGCUCUUAACAACAAUACCAACAAUAUCAGUACACCCAAAACACCCUUCCUAGGGUUCUGGAACCGCCAGCAACCGGCUGACCCAAACGGCUUGCCCGCCUUCGGCAACGCGCACCGCGAAUCUCACGAUUCAAGAUCUCCUCUCCAUGCGCAUCAUACUGCGGGUUCAUACAUCGGCGCUAUUGCACCAUCACAGGAUCCCCAGGAACCAACUACAGUCUACUCUGCUCGUCACCCCGCAGAUGUCCCACUACCCGGGGGCCAUCAGCAAGAUGGCUUCGUCGACCCCGAGAUCCAGCAACUGGCCGAUGAAAUAAACGGCCGCCGACACAAACGACGUAAGCACCACAGAAGGAGAAAGCACCACCGAACUGAACGAUCCGGAUCCAACCAAUGGGUACGCAGGAGAGAUGAGCGAGGUACUACUACCGCAGUGUACAUACGAGGAUCAGCUGCACGAGGGAAGAUGAUAGCAUGUGUGAUUUCGGGGACGUUUUUAAUCACUAUUUUGGCAAUCUACCUAGCAAUCGCCCUCACAAACCGCUCUCUCGGCCAAGAAAUCCACAUCCUCUUCAUCAUGGUCCUCCUCACCAUAACAAUCUUCUUCUGCCACUCCCUCAUCCGCCUCUGCAUGCUCAUGCUCAACCCACCCCGCCAGGAACACCACGCGCACAUGCCCGAUAUGAUGGGCGGUGGGGGCGAGGGUUUCCAACCCAUUGUACCUAUCCGCGUACAUCUGCGAAGGGACGAGGAAACACCGGAUGAUGAUGCGGGGCUGGAGAAUGACCUCGCUAUUGACGACGACAUUGAGGGGAAAAACAUGCCGCCGCCCCCACCGCCUGCGUAUGGUCUCUGGCGGAGUAGUGUACGCGUCGACCCCAACUUAUUACACUGGCAGCGCGCCGACGAUGUCACACGGGGGAGUGCCAUGUCCAGCGUUAUGCACUCGCGCUCUGGUUCCAUGUCUGGUCCCGCUGCGCUCGCUGCUGCCAGUCUACGUGGAAGUGCGCUGUCUACGAACCAGCCGCCUGCAUCAUCGCAACCGGCACCUACACUGAGAGAUUUGCAACAACAAGAUGGUCCCCGUCCCCCUUCCUACGCCUCAGAAGACGGCGUAAGUUAUAUCACGGAAGCUGCGCCUAGAAACACGACGAAUGUGCGGGAUAGCAGGGCAGGGUUGAGUGAGAUUCAUCCGGCGUGGCGGCCGGGGUAUGCUAUGAGUGAGAUUAGACGUGGCGAGUUGCCUGCCAGUGCACUGAGCGGGGGUCGUGUAUAA